AUGAUGUUUAAUCUGAAGGAUGAACAAUCCCCAAAACGUCGACCCUUGACCUUCAGUGUUUUGGUUUUCCAUCACGCUGCUGUCCUGCUUCUGCUGAUAAACUGCUGUAAAGGUCAGUCUCAGGUAAUCAGCCCACGUCUGCCAAUAGUAGCAGUAGCUGGUGAUGACAUCAUUUUGCCAUGUCACAUCAAACCUGCCAUGGAUGUUGCUUUCACGACUGUGGAGUGGACGAGACCUGACCUGAAACCCAGAUUUGUCCAUGUGUGGCGUUCUGGUCAAGAACUUCUAGAUGAUCAGCAUCCAUUGUACAAGGGAAGAACUUCACUGUUCACCAACAAACUGAAGUCAGGAGACAUUUCACUACAACUCUCCAAAGUGAAACAGUCUGAUAAGGGAACAUACAGGUGCUUUGUUCCCAUGUUGAAUAAAGACUCUACUGUUGAGCUUGUCUUUGGUUCUGUCUCCUCACCUGAAAUAGAUAUUUACAAAGCCAGCAAUGGAUUUCUGUUAGAGUGUAAAUGUAAUGGCUGGUAUAUAGAGCCGGAGGUGUUGUGGCUGGACGCUGAGGGAAACCUCCUCUCUGCUGGACCUACAGAGACAGUCAGAGGUCCUGAUGACCUCUAUACUGUCAGCAGCAGAGUGACUGUGGAGAAGAGACACAGCAACAGCUUCACCUGUAGAGUCCAACAGAAGAACACCAACCAGACCAGAGAGACACACAUCAGUCUAUCAGCUGAUCUCUUUAAGGCCCAGUCUAGUUCUGCUAUUCGCAUUUCCAUCUGCUUGGCUGUGUGCAUCGUGGCUGUUGUUGCAGUUGUAGUUGCUCUGUGGAAAUGGGGACGAAACAAAAAAACCACGGACCCCAGCACAGAACUUCAGCUUCUGAUGGAGGGAGAUGAAGACAGACAGAAGCCCAGGACCGAAAGAGAGAAAAUUGUGUUUCUGGACAAGACCAAAGUAAAACUUGAAGAGGACUUACAGAACAAUGAGGGAGAACUGCAACAUGUACAACAGGUGAUAACAACGCUGAUGGACCAGAAGAAAGAUCUGAAGAACCAGAGAGAGAAACUCACCUCACAACAGCAGGAGAACAAGACAAAGAUAGAAGAGUACAAGAAGAAGAAAACCCCAAAAACAGACAAAGACAACACAAUGAGGAAGCGUGAAAUAACCCUACAUAAUCUGGAGAAGAGGGAGAACGAACACAAGGAACUGUUACAGAACACAGAGAAACUACUGGAACUGUGGAGGGACAUCCCAGCUAAUGCUUGA